AUUGGUUUUGCACUGAAUAUUUCCUGUGGACGAGCCAUGGGCCCUGAAGAUGGCCGCGGCAGGCUGCUGAAGGCACCUGACGCACCUGUUGGUGAUGAGGUUUUCAUUGAGAAUGUGGGCAUGGCAGGGUGUCUGGAGGCCUCUGACACGAUUGAGAAGGAACUCGCUAGUCCAAGAUAUCCUGAGGUCACUGCAGCCGGCUGUGCCAUCCCCUAUGGUCUUACUGAGCAAGGAUGUGCCACUAUUGAAAUGGAGGCUCCAGAGGCCACAGGGCUUUUCCCACAGAGCACGGAGGAAUUCGCAGAGGUCUCGGCCACAAGGUCGGAGAGGUCAGAGCUGCAGGGUGUGGCUGAGGCCGGCGUGCCAAAGCCAAUGAGGGAGCCGAAGAAGAAAGCAAAGAAGGCCAGGAAGAGGGAGACGAAGGUUGAAGCUAAUGCCAAAGCAACCGAAGCUGUUGAAGCAGAGAGAUGUAUUGGUGGUUUGUUCAAGUUGGACAGGUUUGGCCAGGCAGAGAUCAAAGUGGAAGUUGCAGAACCAAUUAAGGCAAAGGAGGGCUGCAUCUAUCGAAUUGAAAACGCUGGAGCGCUGGUGCAAGCGGAGAGGAAGUCAAUUGCUCGGGGAGCUUUGGACGUCAUCCCAAAGGGAAGCACACUCACGGGGGAGCUUGUGCCAGGCAUUUUCGAGGAAGGUGAUCGUGUGGAGAUCAAAGAUGACUCUAAGACCUUCAAGAAGGUCACCUUCGGCAAGAUUUGUGGCAAACUCCUGGAGGCAACCAUUGUCAGGAAAUGUGUGAAGGAGGAGGACCCGCGUUUGGUGGUUCGACUUACAUUCACCUUCGGCACGCUGCAUGGAACCUUCGAUCAAUCCGAGCUCGAGCCAGAGCGGACUCAAAGGGCUGGCGCGUCAACUGCUCCUUUGCAGAAUUCUACCGGAAACUGGACUCUGGAGAGAUGCUUGAUGCAAAUCUUCUUUACGAGGGGGGAAGAAGUGGAGGGUUGGCUUCAAAAGGAUGGUCAAUGGGUCAUGAUCAGCAGUGGGGUGCACGAGGGGCUUUACAUUCCACGAGGCAACUUGAGGGGCGAGGACACGGGUAGCGUCCUUGCAAGAUAUCGCUUUGCAGAAGACAUGCCCAAGGAUUCAGCCUAUGCAGCUGCGUUGGUGAUGUGGUGCGUCUACCGAAGUAGCGGCUGGAGCACGCAGUGCCGCUCAUAUUUUUGGUCUGCUGUGGUCAUGUACACAGUGAGCAUCAUUCUGCAAGGUUGUUUGCUGGCUUUGCUGGUCUACGUGCCAUUGUUGAGUUCGGAAGGUGGCGAUCCAGCUGCAUGUAUGUAUGGAAUAGGAGCAGCCGACAGCUUGUUCUUCCCCACAGGUUACGGCUUGACAGCCCAUGUGGGCCGUGGAUACGAAGGGUUCAAUGUGACAACUGAGAAUCGGGAAACAGAUUUCGCCCGCUAUGAAUUGCAGGUAGCAACCCAUGGAGCUUUGAAAUCCAUUAUCGGCCUAAUUGCUGGCAUGACGGGCAAUGAAUCGUUUCAUGAAACUGCGGUCAACAGCAUUUCAAGCCUAGACCCAGCUGCAGAUGGCAAGGUCUUUGGGAUCGAGACGCAUUUAUUUCGUUUCCUGGGUAUUUUCAUUUUUGUGGUGCAGUGGAGCCGAGAUUUUUGGACCUCAGUGAUACAUUUCUACCUGCUUCCUCCUUCUGGCAAGGGCCUGGGAUCAGCUUCCUGGAUCCACACCACACGCGAAGAGGUGUCUCUUCGAUUUGCUGGCUACCACAGGGCAGACGCGAAAGUUUUCAUAGUGUUAGGAGUGUUCUCCAUGGCGAUAAGCGUGUAUACGGUUUGGCUCGGUGUGGCCAUGUUGCUGAGUCUAACGACUGCAGAGGAUGUUUUGUUGAACUGUUUGGCUUUGAACUUCAUCCUCGACAUUGACGAGAUUGUUUUUAGGAGCUUUGCGCCUAUUGGAGUCCAGAAGACUCUGGAGGAGAUUGAUUUCGAGUUCUAUGAUCAAGCACGCGUUUUGUUGCCGAGCGUCGUUGUGGAGCUCUCUUUGAAUUGGAAAACAGCGCUGGCGGUGCUCUUGGCAGCUUUGUGUAGCCACCAGGUUGCAGAAGCUCCGAUGGCUUUGGUGGGAGCCAGAUUCUUUCGAGACUUUGCAGUGUCAAGGCUUGGAACACUGGCUUAUCGGUCUCCGCUUGGUGAUUUGUUUACGCUCGUGGAUCCUCCGCUGGAUGUGCAGCCAGUGGUGCAGCAACUGAGGGUUCAGGUGACGAGGACAUCAAAGGACGGGGAUCGCUUCAAGGUGCUCGAAGCUUUGCACCUGGAAAAGCGCAGCCUCCCACCUGAUGCACCACACGUUUUGCUGGAGACGGCGUCGAUGAUGGGCCUUGCUGUGCUCAGCGUGGGAUUUUUUUUGCCUGGCUCAGGAGUGUUUGUUAUGUAUGAUUGUUUUUCCUUCAUGCUAUCACGCAGCUCAUUCAGUAUACAGCAAGGGCGCUCCACCAGCUGA